AUGAUUGAUCGUUUUUCGAGAUGGGUUGAAGCUGUUCCUAUGGCAGAUCAAUCAGCAGAAACAGUUGCAAGAGGCAUGAUCUCAACCUGGAUUUCACGCUUUGGAAUACCGCAACGUAUUACGUCUGACCAAGGACGUCAGUUCGAAAGUCAAAUCUUCUCAUCUUUGAGCAAAUACUUCGGGUUUCAAAAAUCCAGAACAACAGCCUACCACCCACAAUCGAACGGACUGCUUGAGCGACAACACAGGACUAUUAAGGCAAGCUUGAGAUGUCAUUUACAACAAAGCAAAUCUUGGGUUGACGCUUUACCUUUGGUUCUCCUCGGAUUGCGUUCUGCACUGAAAGAAGACAUAGGAUACUCUUCAGCCGAGCUCCUUUACGGAAGUCCUCUACGUUUACCCGGAGAGUUUGUUGACACCAUUCCUAAUGUCACGCAUUCAGAGUUUGUACAAAGGCUACAAAGUAUUAUCCGCAACCUAAAACCUUCUGCAACGACUACCCAUGAUUUCCUUCAGUGA